AUGACAGCAUCCAAACUACUCAGAAUUGGGUAUUUCGGGUCCGAUUACUUUAGUAUCAAUUGCUUGAAACAGAUUCUUCCUCUAAGGUUUGGACAGCCCCAGAUUAUUUCUCGUCUUGAUGUCAUUACCAGGGAUCCGAAGCCUAGUGGGAAAGGACUUCGACACCUCAAGGAUGUUCCUGUGGCACGCUUUGCCGAAGAGAACCAAUUGAGGGUUUUAAGAGCCGAAAAGGAGGUUGAUUUCGACGCAUUGCUUGCGAAUCAGUAUGAUCUAUGCAUAGCCGUUUCCUACGGACUACUAAUUCCUGCUUCAUUCAUUAAUUCCCUCCCGUUUGGUGGUUUGAAUAUUCACCCUUCCUUACUUCCUAAAUAUUCUGGUGCCGCACCUCUACAGAGGGCCUUAUUAAAUGAGGAUUCCACUACAGGAGUCACCAUCCAAACUUUACACCCUACGGAAUUUGAUAAGGGUGAUAUUUUAUCCAGACAAGAAUAUGAGGUGCGUCCUGACGAGACUUUCGAAUCUUUGACUAAAGUAUUGUCACAAGCGGGUGGUCUACUUCUCAAGAAUAUCAUUGAGAAGCAGAUGUAUGACCGUCUGUCUCCAGAUUAUCAUGCCCUUAAAUCGGAACUACUCUUUUCAUACGCUAAAAAGAUCCAAAGUCAUGAACGUCACAUAGACUGGGCUCAUUAUUCGUCAUUCAAUCUCAAGAGGAGGUCUAAUACACUCGGCCCCUUGUAUACAUUCAAAAGAAUUCAUCUAGGGAAAGCUAGGGAGGAAACUGGAUAUAGAAGGGUGGUACUGAAUGAUUUCAAAGAGAGUCCGCAACAGCAGCUUCCAUCUUUACUCGUUCCAGGAUGCUACGACCUCGAUCUCACAAAUCCAAAUAGGUUGUUAGUGAAGACAGUUGACGGUACCCUUUCAGUAGGGCAUCUCAAUGUCGAAGGAUUGGGUUCUCUAACGGGAGAAAAGAUGGUGAGAUCAUCCAAAAAGAUGUUUGGAAACAUAGAAAAACGGUUCUUAAGGAACCAAAAUAUAACAUGA